AUGGGUGGUAUAAAGGAAAUAAGAAGGCAUAAAGCAGUUGGAUACACACUCACAGGGAUUGAGGCAAUGCUUCUGGUUGUUGUGAUCGGACAGAUCGUUAGGAAUCCACUAGGAAUUCUUCUGAAUCCACCGCAGGGGCUUCUUCGAAACCUAUGCUCUGUCCGUACCAUGAUGCUGUGGAUCGGAAUAUGGCUCUAUCUUGCAGGAAAGAUUGGUCUUGAGGCGGGGAGAGCACAGGCCACUGUUCUCUUCUAUUACUUCGUUUCGCAGACUCUGUUUCUUGGAUAUUUUGCCACGCAAUCUCCAGGCGGAGGCAGUUCAGUGCCAGUUAUUCCGACGAGUAUGUGCUCCGUAUACAACAUAAUUCUCUGUAUGUCCUUAUCGGCUCUUCAAACAUAUGGAGAAAGUACUCUGUGGACAAAACCGAGGUAUACACGUGUCAGAGGAUUACUCAACUACAUGCGGAAAAGCGUGGGGGCUGUGGUUCAAGACAUGUUUUGUCUUUACACGGGCAGUACGGUCAUGGCGAUGGCAGGGCUGGGAGUGUACCUUACUGUAUCGAAGACUCUAUUUCCCUGGAUACGGUUUGGCACUGCUUUCCAGCAGUUAAGUGAGGCACCGUGGAAGGCGUCCAAGGAGGUCUUCAUUACAAACAUAUCCAUUGGAACCUACCUCUUUCUGGUGAGCGUUGUGGAUAGGCUGUUGGCAUAUAACAUGUCUAUCAUGAACCUGAGCCUGGCAAACUAUUGUUACAGGGAAGAAGAGGACAUGGAGACCCUGAGGCUUCGGUUUUUCCAGGUGUCUGGGCUUUCGAUGAAAUAUCCAGAGGUUCUGAGAAAGAUUGUGAGAUCUAGCAGAAGCAUGACGUCUCUUGGGCUGUAUAUCCGUAGAGAGGAAAGCGAGAUUCUAAAGACAAUAGAGAUGAUGAAGAAAGAAAAGGAGAUGCUCGAGUCGAAGAUGUGGUUUUCUGUUCCUCAGAUCAGCCAGCCCUUGGAUAAGCCCAAAGCACUGGUGAUGCAAAGGAGAGUGCAGUUUGUAAAGAGGAUAAGGUCGUACAAUUUUGUUGAGAUUUUUGGGUCCCGGGCUGGAUACCUCUGCAAGACCCUAUUUCUGAUUAAUAGAUACAGGAGCACCAGGAGGUCUUUCCUGCUGGUGAAGAAUUUCAUGAAGUUCCUGGAAAAAUACAGGGACGACUACCUACUUGUUAAGGAUCUCGAGGAGGCUUUUGAAGCGGUGAUGAAGCGCCUGCAUAAUGAGGUGUCUGAGGCCGAGGAGGUGAUUGGGAGGAGUCUGGAGUCUGACUUGUUCUGUAAGUAA